UUCAAGCUUAUCCUUGUGAUUACACAUGUGACGAGGCAUAAGAAAUAUGUAUUUCAACUGUUAUGCAUAAUUAUAACUUCGGUUAUUGUGACUAGGGCCAUAAAAAUUCUAGAAACCAGAUAUACGAUUGGAUAUAUAUUUCUUAUUUUUUAUUGUUGAGAAUAGCCGUAAUAGAUUAUUAUGCAAUCAGGGCCUACGAGUGCUGGCAUCCUGCAUUUGAAGGUGUUUUAAUUCGAAGGUGACAACAUACAUCAACUUCACUUGGGAUUCAAGGACAAACCAUAAAAAAUAUAGAGAUCCAAUCUGGUCAUGUUACUUCCUCAAUAGCUGCCCUCAAUCCCAAAUUGGUUUUUUUAUUGACGCUUUAGGGUUGCUCAUAAGAUUUACCUACUUCUAGACUGUUGUUGCAUAAUUUUUCUGUAUUUCGAUUCAUCAAUAGUGCAAGUUCAGAAUUAUUUCAAUAGUCCGAAUACACUUAUAGGAAAAGACUGUCUCAUCCAAUCUCAACUUCAUUUGAAUCUUAAACAUUUUUCUGGGAAGGUUACACAGUUCAAUCUCCCUACAUUUAGGCCUAAUUAGCCAGAAUAAGAGCGAUAAAUCCAAUGUUUGAUUGAAAAACAAUUUGACACUUUUGACAGAUGGCUCACUACCUUCGAAGUAAUAUGUGCUAUGUCAGACAAUUUCGAAAGAAUUUCAAUUUUUAUGACGCAAUGCUUGGACAUAUGACUGCUAUUUCUGUAAAAGCAAUAAAAUGAUACAAAAAAAUAUUGUUUUGAAGGGAGUGUUAUAAAAUGUAAAAAAAAUAUUUGGAGCACUGUUUGACAAUUGAUUUAAUGGGGCAUUUUAAAUGUUUUCAGUCAUAUUUAACAAAUCAUUUGCAAUUCAUCGUUGAAUGCAGUUUAGUUUCCAAACAUAAAUUGAUAGAUAUCAUUUGUUAUUCUAUAGGGCAACCUAAUAGCUACAUAUAUUUCAUUUUUUAUGAACUUUCCACAUAUUCACAUGUGGAUUUUUGCUAUAGUUAGUGUAGCUGUAGUGUUCUUUUAACCCGCGCAUCAUACCUUAACGUAUAUUUUGUGACACAUGAUUUCAAUUCGCGCGUAUUUGUGAUAAUCCACAAGAAAUUAUGAGUUGGAUUACGUAAUUUCACUACCAUAAUCAUUAUUUCACAGAGUUGCAGUGACGGAUCAUAGCAAUGGCAGCCCGUUUAUAUUUAGUAAAUUUAAUAUUUCAGGGCAUUGCCAUAUUCGAAGCUUCAUUGAGUUUGAAAUCUGAUGAGGUUUUAGUUGGUGAAUAAUAUUGUUUCGAAAAAUAGCUCAAGUUACUCUAUGAAUAAAUAGAAUCAAAAGAAUGUGUGCUUUUUAUCAAUAUCUGUUAUGCAUGUACAUACAUAAAGCUUAUAACUAUAACUAAUGAAGGAAUGAUAUGCUAAAAAAAUGUUUUACAACAGUACUAUAUUCGCUCAAUUUCCAGUAUAUAUAUAGAAAAUUGGCAACCGCUUCAGUACAUAUUUGCUUUAUCAGCACAGAACCAACAGAACGGGGUAUAUAUCCAGUGUAUAUGGGAACACUUAAUCAACACAAAUAUUUCAAUACAUUCAUAUUAUAACUAUACACCGUACAACCUACAUUUACAUUACCUCUCAUGAUAUAUACCUUGAUCUGUUAAUGAAUGGCACAUAUAGAAUAUAUGUGUAUGCCAAAAAGAGAAUGUUAUUUGAUUUGGCAAUCCGUUUGCCGUCUCUUUUCCUCUGUCUGGGGCCGAAUUCCAACCCGUAUCGGACGUGUGUGACCCCCUGAUGCUGACGAUGUGACACCCACCUCCACCUACCAACCAACCUGCGAUGCAAUUCCAUACACCACGCCAUCUACCGGACGACGACCGUACCACAUCGCUGAACGACACGACGGGCCUCGACCAUGUGACCAUGUGCUGUGAUCUGAUUGGAUGACGGCAACGAUUGCAGAGUUCUCGAGCGCUCUCUGUGGAGGAUGACGACGAAGGACAUCUCAUAUACAGAUCGGGGGAUAUCCUGCAAGAUAGAUAUAAAAUACUUGGCACGCUCGGCGAAGGUACUUUUGGCAAGGUAGUCAAAGUGAAAGAUGUAGAAAUGGAUCAUUCCAUGGCACUGAAGAUAAUAAAGAAUGUAGAGAAAUACAGAGAAGCCGCCAAAUUAGAGAUUAAUGUAUUAGAAAAGUUAGCUGAUAAGGAUCCUGACUGUAUUCACUUGUGUGUGAAAAUGUUGGACUGGUUUGACUACCACGGACACAUGUGUAUCGCCUUCGAAAUGUUAGGUUUAAGUGUUUUCGACUUUCUGAAAGACAACAGCUAUCAGCCGUACCCGCUGGAUCAGGUGCGACACAUAGGCUACCAGUUAUGUUAUUCCGUCAAAUUUCUGCAUGACAACAAGCUCACACACACUGAUCUCAAACCCGAGAACAUCUUGUUCGUUGAUUCCGACUAUGAUUUAGUGUACAGUAACAAAAAGCGAAGAGAAGUCAAGAGGGUGAAGUGUACUGAUGUUAGACUGAUUGAUUUUGGCAGCGCUACCUUUGACCACGAACACCACAGCACAAUUGUCUCGACCCGACACUAUAGAGCUCCCGAAGUAAUUUUGGAAUUAGGUUGGUCACAACCAUGUGACGUAUGGUCGAUAGGUUGCAUUCUUUUCGAAUUGUACCUGGGAAUCACCCUGUUCCAAACACACGAUAAUAGGGAACAUCUUGCGAUGAUGCAAAGAAUACUUGGGGAAAUUCCGUUGAGGAUGGCUCGAAAGACAAAAACAAAGUAUUUUUAUCGAGGAAAGCUGGAGUGGGAUGAGAAGAGCUCAGCUGGGCGAUAUGUGAGAGAUAAUUGCAAACCAUUGAUGCGAUACAAGCAGAGCGAAGAACCCGAGCAUAACUACUUAUUCGACCUGAUCUUCAAGAUGCUCGAGUACGAGCCAUCAGAGCGCAUCACGCUGAAAGAGGCCCUGCAGCAUCCGUUCUUCGACAAGAUCCCGCCGCACCAGCGUCUGGUGCCUGUUGCUGGUGAGCGCAGCAGCGGUCCAGCUGGAGACUGCAGGCGCUCCCUGUCGCGAUGAUGGAAACGCUAGGAUAUACCUCUCUCCUACUUAUUGUAUUCUAAUUUUUCACCUCAAAUAGAUACUAUCGAUGACAACACCUAACGUGUGUCCGUUCUAUUGUCAGUUUUUAUUUAUAUUUACUACUUUCAGCGUGCGAGUGGCUUGCGAUGAUCAGUUAUGCCGGUUUUUAUAGAAUUAGGAUAAGUAUUCGUCCAGAUAUGGCAGCUAUAGUCUAAGCCCCAACGACACUCGACCCUGCGGGAUCGGAAAUGUGAAUAAAAAUGGUAUCGGGGUGGGGCUGGGAAUGGGGGAAUACAGGACACUGUCAGACGGGCACACCUUGUGUUUGGUUUGAUUAAUUAUUUGAAAAUUGUAAAAUUGACGUAAUUGUGACAUAAUUUUGAUCGACAUUUCAACCAAAAAGCGUCUGGUAUAUACACGAUUUCUAUUUCAGUUAUGGAGGAAGCAUAUAUAGGGUGUUAUUUAGACAUAUGAAAAAAACGUUUUCUAUACUGUUGGAAAAAGUGUUUGCAUGGAGUGUAUGUUACGCAACACGACUGAUGCAUUCUCUACAUAUUAGUAAAUAUUAUAAAAAUUUCGUCAUGAAUGCGAAUCUUUGAACUUGUUUCGUCACCAACCGAAAAGUAGAAUCACGAAAAAGUUUGAACAGUUUCUAAUUGAAAUAUAUGUGUAGUUAGCAAAUAGUUUAAGAGCCGUUAGCAAAUAGUUUAAGAGCCAACGACACUUGACCCUACGUAAUCGGGAAUGUUGAUAAGAAUGAUAGAGUGUAACUGGUAAUACAGGUAAGGUAUGUCGGAUGAAAUAAAUAUGGUGUUGCAAAGUUCCUCAAUUACUUAUUAUAGUAAAACUCAGGAAAACUACGUCAUGAGGAAUGUUAACGAAAGUUAAAACAUUGGAUUGUAGCUGGAAGUGAGCUAACCUUUGUUGGAAUGACGAAAAGGGCUGCCAUAAGUAAGGUUGUUUUUUUAAAUGUAGUUCAAAAACAAAUAUAAAUAUGUCGGGCGAGGAAACUCCUGUACCAGAUACGAUGUUGGACGGGUUUAUGGAUCGAUUUUCGAACCUACAUUUUGCGAAAGUAAUAUACAGAACAAAAUAACAGUUAUUCUGAAAAAGUUGUUUUUGAAACUAAUUUCUCUUAGAACAAACCUGUGUCUAGGUCGAAACUUGCCUUGGGCGAAGUUUAGCAUAAGCUAUUCAACCACUUAACCCGUAAAAUGUCAAUACAUAAAAUAAACUAUACAAACAUCAGUUUAUCUUUUAAUUUCAUACAAUCUGCCCGUGAAGUUAAUGUCAGUCAAAUAAUAGUACCUCAAUUAAAUAAUGAUUUUAAUAAGUAUUUAAAACGAAUUUUUCGCAAAUAAUGCUCAUUUUGAGCCUCUUAGUUGGGAAUGAGGUCUAUAUUCAAUUUCUAGGUCGCUUAAUACUUUCAUAAUGAGAUAAUAAAUAUCUAAAACCGACAUUGUACUUGAGACAGGUAUUUCCCCGUCCGACAUAUUUUUUUUGUUUGUGAAAGUCUGAACUUUAUUAUAAAAAUAAUCGUUAACAUUCCUUAUGACGUAUAGGUAAUUGUUAUUAACAGUCCCUUUGCGCCCGUCCGACAAGCGUUUGCAACAAGCUAAUAAUCCCAUAUGAUAUUCAUUAACAUUCUUCGUGACGUAGUUUUCCUAAACCUUACAACUUUUCCAUAAUUAAUCGAGGAACAGGAUAUGCCCGUCGACAUUGCAGUCCUGUCCAUUACACUCGAAUACCGUUCUUAUCAGCAUUACCGAUCACAUAGGGUCGAGUCUCGCUGACUCUUAAACUAUUUUUUAAGAACUCAUGUAUUUGAAGUAAAAACUUUGCUCAUUCCCGUGUCUCUACCUCCAUGUUGGCGGGAAAACAAGUUCAGUUGCUAAAGUUUUCACGGAAUCCCUUUCAAACACUAUUUACUAAUCUGUCUUUUGGACAAUGCAGCAGUCAUAUUGCGGAACGUACACUUCAUUCAAACACGUUUUUCCAACAGGGUAGAAAACGGUAUUUUCAGAAGAAUAAAUAACAUCGUGUAUAUGUUUCCUUCACCACUGAUAUAAAAAUGGUGCCCAUGGUAGCUUUGCGGCAGCAAUCUACAUAACCAUUGUUACCAGACGCUUUAUUGUUGAAAUGUCGGUCAAAAGUAUGUCAACAAUUUUUAAAUAAUUAAGGAACUUUGGCAUAGGAUAUGCCCGUCCGACAACGAUGUGCUGAAUUUCCUCCAUUACCAGCCACAGUCCGGUACCAUCUUUAUCCACAUCGCCGAACACAGGGUCAAGUGUCGUUGGAGCUUAGACUACUAGUGGAUAGACGUAAUGUCGGUUGGUUUUAUGCUAGAACUAUAUUACUCCAUCAGGUAGGGUCAACAAAGUUGUUUUACAGAACCUAGAGAUUCAUAAAUCUUGCAAUUUCAUCUUCACUAUUGUUUAACAUUGUUUAUCUAUUGUAGUCUUUAAAGGCAAGGUUUUUGGAAAUUCGGAAUUGGUAGAUACCAACGAAUUCAGACUAGGUAGAAGCAGCCAGUCAAGGAUUUGUUUCUCUUUAUCGUUUGUAGUGAGGAGCAAUGUUCACUUGACAUAAGUCAAUUUUAUGCCAAUUCUGGCAUUAUCUUCGUAGUUUUAGCGUUAGUUUUUAAAGUGCGAGUGUUUGCUGAUAAUUGUGGUGUUAGACGAUUUCAAGAUGUGUUGAUUAUUAAAUAAUUUUUAAGUGCAGUACAAGCUUAAUGAAGGCAAGUAUUAUUAUGUUGAUACAACGCCGUCACCUUGGUUAGGGAUUGGUAGACAAAUGAGUCAAAAGUAUGCACCAAAAUUAUGCGAUUUUGGCAACAAACAAUGCAAUGUAAACAUAUAGGCUUGGUUCAUUCUAGUCUAUUCGAAUUCGUUGGUAGAUACCAACAUGUUUCUAGAAUCAAUUGUGUCUCAUUGUUGUUUGGGGGACAUCCUGUCAAACAGAUUUGCAUAAAUUGAUCCAAAUUAUUGAAAUAUCCAAUUUUUUCAAAGGUAAAUGUGAUUCGUCUACCAGCCAGUAAUGGAGUUCACUUGACUUGUUCUUUUGUCAAGGAAACCAAGCGAAAUAACUUAUUAGCUAUUGGUUAGUGAAAAUUAUUUUAUUGGAGAAAAAAUAAAUAGAACGGUUCCGCCAUAUAGAGGUUUCAGCAACUAAAUGCAAAAAUGCAUGUCCGGUUUUAAAAUUGUUGGAUUCCUUUUUUGAUAAAAAUGUUGCAAGAAUGAUAGUGAAUUUUUUUAUAAUCUUUUGCAUAAAGUGUAGCUUGAAUACAGAAAAAGUAUUUUAUUCUUGAGCAGAGCAUUUUCAAAUUAGUAAUUUUUAAAUAUUUGACAUUUUAUUAGAUCAACAUGGUAUUAUGAUUAAUACCCGUAUUUGUAAAAAUUAUUAUUGCUUAUACUUAAUAUUUGUUGCUAAGAUUAGGAUUAUGAUCAGGAAAUUUCUGUCUGGAAUAAAUUUUCUGUAAUAAUAGGAAGUUUCGAGAUCACACCAUCAUGGUAUCUGAGCCUCAGAUGCUCUGCAGCAUAAAAGUAUUUUUUUUUUUUAAAUCAACCAACGUUAAUUUGCUACGGUAAAUGUUUUACAUGGGGGUUCAACAGUGCUGCCCAAGUCUGUGGGAACUGAGUGUUCCUAGGAUUAAACUUCAUUUUAAGCUGUUAUGUAACUAGACUAUCGUAAUCCACUUGGAUUGUCUAGUAAACAUUUUACAUUUGCUUAUAGAGUAUGAACUGUGUGGUCAACAUUCUAGAUGUAUUUUGUUGUUACGGAUUUGAUGGACGUUGUGUAUUUAUUUAAGUUACAGUUUUUGACAAGUUUACCUAAAUGCAAUUUGUGAGAUUUCUCUCUAGGAAGCAAAUGCAGUUUGUAUAAUCAAGGUUGUUAAGAACGAGUAAUUAUAUUCUGUGUAAAUAUUGCAUAAAUUAAAAUAUAGUUUUUAUAUGAC